GCAGCGAAGACUAGCCCCUGGUGGCCACAAGUAGAGAAAACCCGCGUGCAGCAGUGAAGACCCAGCACAGCCAAUAUAAAUAUGUAAAAAAUUUUAAAGAGAAAUAGAAUUUUUUUUUUUUAAUUUCAAAACAGCCACAGCUGGCAUCAGGCAGAUGGUAACUGGGGUUGGUCUUUUCUGGUUAUCGGCCCGUGACCUUCUUUCUGAAGUGAAGAAUGCUACGAAAGAGUGUAGGGGAAGAAGAAUGCCGGGUGCAGAGUGUAAUUCAUGCGGAGUCAGAGAGUAAUUUGCCUUGUUUAGCUUUGUGAAGGACAAGUCCAACUACAAGUUGUUUGUUAGCAGUAACACUAAAGAAUACAAGAUUGCUUAACUAUUUCAGGUCUGUUUGUGCUGUUUCCUCAGCCUGUUCAUUGUUUCCUUAUUUUUCUUAGUUAUCAGAAAAGUCUCAUUUCUAUUUUUGCUGCAACAAAUUCCCCAUCAUUAGUUCAUUCCCUCCAUAUCAAUGGAGGAAGGAAAUCAGGCAUCAUUCUCACCUGACUGAGGACAAAGCUUCAGUUUUAUUUCACUAGACAAACACCAGGUCUCUGGCCCAGGGGCCCAUCUAUCUCCUACUUCAAAUCUUCCUUGUCCCCUGGGGGCCACAGCCCAGGCCUGCUCAUCCCGGCUCUCCAUGGGAGCACCCCACGCCUGAAUGUGUCAUGUCCGUUGGCAUCAUCCUGCCCAAGCCACUUCCUCUUUCGGAUUGCCCUUCUUCCUUCUCUGGCCAAGACACCUCGCUCGUAGAUCAAGCAACACCCACUGGUGGAGUCUUUCUGGAGCUCCUAAGCCAAGUGGCCCUCUCAGUCAAGGCUUUCUUUACAGGCUUCUGGAUGGCACAUGUCCCUACCCAGCGGGCAUCUGAGAGCCCAGGCCACCCUGCCCCCCAUCCCUGGGAGGUUCUGGCCAGAACUUGGUCACAAUCAUCUAUCUGUGUGGUCUCAGGAUCCAGCAUAACACUUGGCUCAGGGACAGAGUUUGGUGGACCAGUGUUUACUGAAGACCAUUAACUUCAGAGCAGAUUGCAUUCUACCACAAUCAUAAGUCAUUAUUUACUUCUCUUUCCUUGUAUUUGGGCCCUUUAGGCAGGCUUCAGUUUUUCUUCUGGCUGUCAGUCGGCUACUGUGGACCUCUGUGUGAAUUAUUUUUAUUUCUUUUGGAGAUGUUUCUUGAGGCCCAGUUUCCAAAGCAAAGUUACCAGGGACACCUUGCAUUUGCAAGAAUUCAGUUGACAAGAUACCGUUACCGUAUAGCUUUGGUAGGGUUGCCAGAUAAAACACAGGACACCCCAGUGAAAUUUGAAUUUCAGAUGAAAAACAAACACUUUUUAAAGUAUGAGCGUGGCUUAUGCAAUGUUUGAGAGAUAUGCUUGAAAAAAUGACCAUUUAUUCUGAAAUUCAGAUUUCACUGGGUGUCCUAUAUUUUACAUACUAAAUCUGGCAACCCUAACUUUGAGGGCAGAGCUGGUGGUGGAGGUUCUCAAGGCUGGAGGCCGCCCCAAGAAAACCAGGGGAGGCUGGAAAGGGGAGACCAGCGGGAUGGUGGAGGUGGCUCACCAACUGAGUUACCAUCUCCCUCAGUGUCCCUGGGAUGGACAAACAGCUCACUCGGAGCCCAAGGAGAAGCCAGUGCUGCCACCUGCUGGGGAGCAGAAGCCAGAAGACACUCAGAUAGGCGGGGAGCCAGACACAGAGAAUCUUUCAGAUUCUUCAGAGCAGAAGCUGGGCGAGGAGCAGGAAGCCAGCGCUACGUUCCUGUUUACACUCCUGACGGCAACAGAGCCCGCCAGCGACCCUGCAGAGGACUUGGAAAUCCAGGAGUCCCAGUUCCUGGAUAAGGAAGACUGGGGCCCGCAGCGGACCUCAAAGGAAAUGAGCCAUUUGCAAAAUGUUUGCUUGAGGCUUCGGGAGUCACUCAGCACUAUCCAAGCCGACAAUCUGGCUCUGGGGGAGAAGCUGCGAGACCUGCCUGACUCCUUGUAUAAAAGCCUGAAAGAGGAAGCGAGGGCCAUCCUGGAAGGAGAGAAGGCCGUCCAGGAGGAAGGCAAGGCCCUCCAGGAGGAGGGUAAGACCAUCCAGGAAGGAGCCCUGGCCGUCCAGGAGGGGGCGCUGUUCCAGGUACCAGGAGCUCCACCCAGCUGUGGGUGGGGUGAGAGGACCAGUUUGCCAAGCGCCACUCAACUGGUUCCCCACUGUCUGCAGGAACCCAGCUCUCAGAUGGCAGGACUGGUCAUCCUGCAGCCUGACCCUGCCCUCAACAGCGGAAACACGUGUCAGCCCUAGGCCCUAGCUGAGCCGAGGCUGGAGACAGCACAUCUCCUUGGGGAACCCCUCUGGCUGUUCCUCUCCAGCUCCCCUCAGUAAA